GCUCAGCAGCCCCCGAAGGUAUGCAGGGCCGGGGCUGGCAGGCAUGGCAUUUGCUCCCCCCACUCUCCUCCUGCGUACUCACACCUCCAUGAUCGUCUCCUCCCCUCAGCAGCAGCUUCGUCCCCAUCCGCUUACUACGAGUCCUGCCGGAUCGACCUCUGCAACCCGUCCCACGAGAGCAAGCUGUUCGCUCUCAAUGUUGUCGGAGGAAGGAGGAGGGGCUUCACUGGUCGACCUGGCGCUUGACUUCCCGUGGUUCUUUGUGCCUGGACUGACUGCUGUCUUCUUCUUGCUGGCAAGGGGGCGAUCGAUUGGCAGAUUUUUUGAAGAUAUCCUGGACUUCCUUGACCAAAAAGGAGGGUAUGUGAUCACAGAAGAGCAGCUCAAAGGAAAGAGCACGAGCGAAGAUGCUGAAAUCAACUUCAAGAGCAUCGAAGAAUCGUUCAACAAACCGAAACCUUUGCAACAGGAUGAGAACAUCAACGUCUUCCUGCUGAUGCUACUGAUCGCGCCAUUACUAGGGUGGCUGCAAUGGGCAAUCAAGACCGGCAAGAACCUUCCAUUCUGAGCACAUCGGGGAACACAAACACGCUUCAUUCACAUUCCUUGGGGUCCAUGACGAUGCGACUUCGAGUUGAGAGACAGAAGAGAAGGAGUGUCCGCUCCGAGAGGGUUACGUACGUGUCUAUCAUGUUCUUUUAUUCAUUACACCGGCACUUAUG